AUGGGAGGCGGUUCUGGAACGACCCCACCCCCGCAUAUCCGUGCCCGUAGCGGCCCCCUCCGUCGUCUCCUCGCCAUGGACCACGUCGACCACAGGGCCCGCCGCGACGACCAGGACCGUGAAGGCACCGCCCAUGGUACCCACGUCAAGGAUGAAUCCGCCGGUACCCGCACCGCCCCCAGUGCCCCCCUUCCCGACAGACUGGUAGGUCCGGCCACUGGUUAUACCCUCAUGGUUGCUGGUCGGCGGACGGGCAAGACUUCCUUCCUCAGGCUCCUCCUAGAUACCAGUCAUUUCUCUCCGACAGUCACCAGGGAUCAACUUGCGUCGAUCGCCAAGUUCGUCCAGGGGUGUAGCGGGCACACCUCGCACAUCAGGACAGUCUCCGUCGAUAUUGACCUGGCGCUUACCGAGAACGACAAGCCUCAAUCUCUCACUCUCACCCUCAUUGAUACCCCCUCUCUCGACUUCGACGACGACACGUCGACCCAAAAGACGGUGUCCGAAAUUAUCAGGCAUGUAGAUGCCAGAUUCGCUGAGAGCAUAGACGACGAGCGUCAGGCACUCUCCGGAGACCACCAUGUACACCUAUGCAUAUACUUCUUGGAUCCGGAUCAUAUUGUGCCACCAUCGGUACCAGCACCGCCAGUCCCCCCUGUACCACGUGCGCGUACCAAUAGUCUAUCUCAUGCCGAAGGCGAACCGUUUAUUCUUGAGCCACCGGUGACUACCAAUCCCGCGCUCUGUCGACCAACACUGCCUGCAGCAGACAUUGCCACCAUUCGACGACUCUCUGCGCGCAUCAAUGUGCUUCCUGUGGUGGCUUGCGCUGACACACUCACCAACGAACGCCUCGCCGCCGUCAAAAUGGCCGUCCGCAGAGACCUUGCAGAAGCUGGGAUUGGCUUCGGGAUAUUCGACUUGGAUACUUUCCCUCAAUAUCCAGGUUCCAUCAAGGAUGCAGGGGAGUUGCCUGCCCUCAAGUUCCCCUCCGAUCCUGUAGUCGGUUACACUGCCCAUCUAGACGGUGCCGGUUCCACCGCAACCUCCCCUCCAUCUACUCCAGUGUCGCCGUCAUUGCUCCGACUCCCCUUCGCUCUGAUAUCGCCCGAUAUUUAUUCGCACAGUGAUGGAGUCUCUAGACCGCCCCCUUCGCGUUACGAACUUGCGCUCCAAUACAGUCCUUCAAACCACCACUCUGAAAAUAAUAGCAGGCCAUUCUCCAAAAUUGUUCCAGGGAGGUUCGUCAGGAGCUACAGAUGGGGAUGCCUCGAUGUGAUGGAUGUCAAUCAUUGUGAUUUUUUGCAUCUCCGCGGUGCAGUCUUUCACCAUAUGCAGACAUUGCGCAAGUACACUCGAGAAUACCUGUUCGACAAGUUUAGAACAGAGAUUCAACUACAAGCUCCGACAUCUCAUCAUACUCUACCAUCUGGUACAGCACCUUCGUCCGGGUCAAUGUGUCGCCCAUCAGCGCUUCCUCAGGACUCAAGGCCGAUCCUUGCAAUUGACACUGCCCCCUCUCAUUCCACAAGCAGGCGCUCGUCACACUCUACCUCUCGAGCUGGGGCACUCCACAAUGGAGAGAUUAGUUCUUCUUCGCUCCUGUCCGCACAUCCGCCGUCCGUGAUGGAGCUGUCGCCGAGAACUGCAACCUCCUCGAGAUCUCAACGACAGCGCACCAAAAAGAUCACUGUCGCGUGCAAUUUCUGUCGAUCUCGUAAGCUCAAGUGCGACGGUGGGAGACCUGCCUGCGGCCAAUGCUUCAAACGGUCAAAUCCAUGCGACUACAUGGUAAAUCACAAGCGGCGUGGAAAUAACGGUCGGCAGCGAAAGCAAUACGCGGGCAGCGAGAGCGAUGGUGAAGGUCUCGAAGACCCGUCUCCCGAGGCAGACGGUCCAUCGCAUCCUUCGCAUUCUCCAGAGGUCAUCCCCCAACCUGCGUCUCGAAGAAGUUCGAACGUAAGCAUGCUCUUGACGGAGUCACUGCCGUCUUUAAGUAGCGCUAUUAAGCGCCAGGAGGACCCUCGUGCCAGUGCUGUAUUGGCGCCCAUCACACACUCCGCCACUUUCCUUGAAGUUUCUGCGUCUGACCAGCGCACAGAGCUCCCGCCCAUCGCGACGCUGAGCAUCCCGUCUUCUAGCACGAUGCACGAUGAGGCGCAGUCGCUGACCUCUCUGAAGACCGAUACUAGCUCCACACGGAGGCGUACAUCUUCUGCAGCGUCUGGAAGGAGCCGCACGUCCAACCACCACGGGUCCAAAAUUGUGGCAUGUAAUAUAUGCAGAGCGCGCAAGACGAGAUGCGAUGGAGCACAUCCCACAUGUGGGAGUUGUUCGCGGCGAUCACUCCCGUGCAACUAUGUCACCGACGCUCCAGGCAGCUCAAGAAGCCGCGGAAAAAAUACGGGCACGUCGACGCCAGGGCCGUCGGCCUCAACAUCCGCACGGUCCUCCCCUACCAGCCAGCUUCAUCUCAUAUCCCCUCGAGCGGCGAGUGCGUCGAAUGGGUAUAUCCGCACCAUCGGGGCUGUCGACCCUGCCGCGGAUUUCUCUCCGCAACCCAACAAGAAAAUGCGUAUGACCGACAUGGGCGUGCCCGCCAUUGCGGUCCUUCACGCACCGUGA